GAAAGGUAAAUUGGCAUUUGGGAGUUUCAUAGUUCAAGGCUACUACAACUCGUCGUCUAUUCGAUUUCAGAGAGAAAACACUACAGAGAAAGAUGAGCGGUGUAGGAAAGAAGGUGGCGGAUGUCGCAUUCAAGGCAUCAAAAUCGAUCGAUUGGGAUGGGAUGGCCAAGAUGAUCGUCACCGAUGAGGCUCGUAAGGAGUUCUCCUCACUCCGUCGUGCCUUCGAGGAAGUCAACUCAACUCUCCAGACCAAGUUUAGUCAGGAACCAGAACCUAUUGAUUGGGAGUACUACAGAAAAGGACUUGGAUCUCGCAUUGUUGAUUCUUACAAAGAAUAUUAUGAAAGUGUUGAAAUCCCCAAGUUUGUUGAUAAGACGACCGCAGAGUACAAACCCAAGUUUGAUGCAUUGUUGGUGGAACUGAAAGAGGCAGAGCAGAAAUCCCUCAAGGAAUCUGAAAGACUAGAGAAAGAAAUUGCUGAAGUCCAAGAGCUGAAGACGAAGCUAAGCACCAUGACCGCUGAUGAGUACUUUGAGAAGCACCCAGAGUUGAAAAAGAAAUUUGACGAUGAAAUCAGAAACGAUUACUGGGGCUAUUGAUUGACUUCCGUUGAAUCCAAUCCUUUUUGUUUUAGCAUAUAGAAAUAAAGCAAGAGGAACAAAGAUGCUGUCGUUUUUAUUUGUUCGGUGAAAAUUAUCGUGGAGCUACGCUCCAUCAUGAUGACGAAAAUUUAUCCAGACACGAUUCGAGAGUGACAGGAUAUGUUGUCAUGUUGAAUUCAAUCUUUAAAUUAACAAAAGCUUUUGUUGUUUGUUUUGUUUA